CCCAGCCUAAGCCCAGCUUUCUCAGACAAACCUCUGCCCUGUCCCAACAUGCAAGGUACUCAUGGACUCGGGCACACCAUUCAGUAGUAUUAAGUAUAAUGAUGCCAUUGCAAAACUACAGAAAGAAUUUGAUGACAGGUUUGCAGACUUCAAGACACACACAGCUAAGUUCAUGGAGGUGAAUGGAAAUCUAGACGAGCUUGGACAAUUUAUGAGAGAAUUGCCCAUCAGCUUUCCUGAGAUUUCUAGGAUGUUACAGCGGAUCAUGUGCCUUUUUGGGAGUACCUAUCUAUGUGAAAAGCUCUUCUCCACCAUCAACUUUAAUAAGUCAAAGUUCAGGGCCAAAAUUACUUAUGAGCAUCUUCAAGCCAUAUUGAGGGUCUCGGUUGCUUCCUCACUCAAGCCAAAUGUUGCUGAGCUGUGUAGGAAGCGCUACAAGCAGGAGUAAAAUGACAGACACCAGGCGAAAACCUGAAGGACCCCAUUGGCAGACACCAGGCGAAAACCUGAAGGACCCCAUUGGCAGACACCAGGCGAAAACCUGAAGGACCCCAUUGGCAGACACCAGGCGAAAACCUGAAGGACCCCAUUGGCAGACACCAGGCGAAAACCUGAAGGACCCCAUUGGCAGACACCAGGCGAAAACCUGAAGGACCCCAUUGGCAGACACCAGGCGAAAACCUGAAGGACCCCAUUGGCAGACACCAGGUGAAAGCCUGAAGGGCCUCAAAGGGGUCAUUUAGGCUCAGUUAUGAAGCAGACCAUCCAGCUCUGAGCGAGAACUGAGCGAGGACUGGACCGAUAGUACUGUAUGAUGGCAGGAGCCUUGGGUGGAUGGCACAUGUCAAGUAAUCCUGAUCUUUUCAGUAGACUAAGCCCCAAUGAGUGUAAUAGUAAGAGUGAUCUAUUACUGGGCUAUAUAUGUGUAGAUCACCAUAGAAAAUAUGGAAUCCAAAUGCAGUCUUAACAAUGUCAUGGAUAUAUUGCAGAUGUGCUGCUGCAUAAACAACAAUAAAAUACUGUUGCAAAUUUUAAAGGGGUACUCCGAUUUGGAAAAACUUAUCCCCUAUUCACAAGGUAUAAGUGUCUGAUUGCAGGGAAUGGCUUUGGGAGGGGAAGCAACUAUUGGGACACACCCUGCAAUCUCCGGAAUUCUGCCCUGUCAGGGGUCUUUCCCCCUGAAUGCUCUGGACCCCACCU